UACAACAAACGACGCAACACAAAGAGAUUUUGCCAAAGCAUACGCGUUGGGGUGCGACUACCUGUUGUAAAAGAGGUUCAUCAUUAACGCGACGAUGGGUCUUCGGAACUGGAUCACACGACCAAUCAAGGGCCACCAUAUCGGGAUAGAGGACUUGACCGCAGGCGGGAGCGGCAUUCCUGAGAUAAGGCGUCGGCGAUGGACGCUCGCAACAAUCGAUUCAGCACCCUUCCAGGUCUGGGUAGUGGUAGUCGCUGGCAUCGGCUUCCUAACAGAUGCGUUCGGACUCUUCGCCUUGAAUGUCGUUACUCCUAUGUUAGGUUACGUCUACUGGCCUAACCACGACGAAGGUGGUAUACCCUCGGUGCCGUCCUCGGUCAAGACGGCCAUGAUGUGUUCAACACUUGCGGGUACAAUGGUAGGUCAGAUAGGAUUCGGCUUCGCAGCAGAUCUUCUGGGCCGACGCAAGAUGUAUGGGCUCGAGUUGGUAAUCAUUAUCGUCGGUACAAUGUUGCUACUCAUGAGUUCGAACGGAGAAAAGAAUAGCAUGGCGAUUGGAGGGUGGCUAAUCACCUGGCGAGCGAUUAUGGGCAUUGGUAUCGGGGCUGACUACCCUUUGAGUGCUGUUAUCACUGCGGAGUUCGCUCCUCGCAAGCACCGUGCGCGCAUGCUGAGCUGGGUUUUCUUUGCUCAACCUGUUGGACAACUACUCGCCAAUGUCCUGUCGCUUGCUGCAGUAGAAGCGUACAAGCCCUGGAUCAAGAAUAAUGUAGGAUCUUGUCAACCUACCGACCUGGAGUGUUUUCGAGCUAUCGAUCGGCUGUGGAGACUUGUCAUCGGCAUUGGCGUUGUGCCGGCUCUCAUUGCUCUCGUAUUUCGAUUUACAAUCCCAGAGAGCCCGAGGUACACACUGGACAUCUUGCAAAACACGAAAGGUACUCUCGAGGACACCGCGAACUUUUUCGGCGCGCCCGAAGCGAACCCUGAACAUGGCGAGGUCGAAUUAUUGAAUGUGCCUGCUUCAUCGGAGAGCCGAAGGCCUGCUUCGAGGCAUUCAACUACUUCUUCAGUGAUUGCACCUGACGAGGAGGUUGAGAGCGACAGUGAAUCCGAGCACCGACUCAGUAACGUGCAUCUUCGUACCACUGCAGCACCGCAGGUCCAGCUUUCUCCAGGAGAUCCAGAGUUUUCCCCUCCACUCGCCUCAUGGACCGAUGCAAAACAGUUUUUUAUUGCCGAGAAGAAUUGGCAGUACCUACUGGGAACCUCGUUGGCUUGGCUGUUUCUCGAUUUCGCAUUCUAUGGGCUGGGUCUAUCCUCACCAGAGAUUGUCAGACACAUCUGGCCGGGUGGUAUCAAAAAUGAGUCAUCUGUGUACCAGACACUGAGCGAUAACAGCAAAUAUACCCUGGUUAUGGUUUCCACAGGGACAGUUGUGGGUGGUCUGCUGAUGAUCAAGAUCGUCAAGUAUGUGUCACCGAAAGUGAUCCAGUUCUGGGGGUUCCUGGUUCUGUUCGUACUCUUCAUCGUAACCGGGAGCGCUUGGACGAACUUGCUCGACAGCAGUCGAUCAGGACUGAUGGUACUGUAUGUGAUCAGUCACAUCGCCUUCAACCUAGGGCCGAAUGUGACGACAUUCAUCAUUCCUGCUGAGAUCUUUCCGACAAGAUAUCGGUGUACCUGCCACGGGAUAGCUGCUGCUAGUGGAAAACUCGGGUCUUGGGUAGUGCAGAUCUUUCUGGCGUAUGCUUUCCAAUCCGACAAGUCUAAAAACCAGGACGAUUUCAGAUGGGAACGACAGAACUUCGGGCACAUCUUACAAGUCAUGAGCGCGUUCAUGGUAGCGGGUGCUGUGACGACAUAUUUCUUGGUCCCGGAGACGAGGGAUCACGAUAAUAAGAGUCGAACACUGGAGAUUCUGGCAUGCGGCAAAAAGGUCAUUGAUGAGCUGAACCGUCAACGGAAGAAGGAAGAUGAGGAGGACUAAGCCUUUAGUGCGUUCGGUAACGCGAAAGUAUUUUGAAUCAGUCCAGGGCCUGGUAACCUUAGUGCAAAUGUGAUGAUGCCAUGGCGGGCGUGUUCGUGGGUUCAUGUUGGGCUUUCGCAAUCAGUUGUCCAGCCACCUAGAUAUGACGCACCACUCUUAGACACUAGUCCCACUCGGUACUAGACGAAACCCCUCCUCCAAGGUGCCGCCCUCCAUUUCCGAACUCCUACAGUUUCGAAGUCU